UCAAAAGAGGUGUGUGAAGGUAAGGGUAAUAAUAAUAGCAAUCUGGCAACCCGGUGCGCUCUUGGCCGAGUGAAGGCGGAGACGCUCGAGAAGUUUGACAACAACUUUAGUUCGUCCUUGGAAAGCAGAAUGUCAGAGAGACUUUGUUCUUUCUAAUAAACCUGGAGGGAGUUUUGGAGUCCAAAUCAUGCUGAGUGUCCUGACGAGAGCUGCGUCUAGGGCAUUGCCGACGCGCUUGGCAAGGCCGGUGGUAGUCGUGCAGAUCCGUGACCAAUCUCUGGCUCAUCAGGAUGGUCUGCCCAAGCUGCCAGUGCCACCCCUCAAACAGACAUGUGAACGUUACCUGGCUGCACUCGAACCGCUCGUGUCUGAGGAGGAGCUGGACCAUACACGUCAGCUCGUGGCUGAGUUCUUGUCUUCUGGUGGUGUUGGGGAAAGGCUGCAGAAAGGACUGGAGAGAAGAGCACGCAAAACUGAAAACUGGCUCUAUGAUUGGUGGAUGCAGUCAACCUACUUAGACUCUCGUAUGCCAGUCCCAGUUUAUACCAGCCCUGGUGUGGUUUUGCCCCAGAUGCACUUCCAGGACCGCCAAGGACAGAUGAGGUUUGCUGCCAAACUGAUUGCUGGAGUUUUGGACUUCAAGAAAAUGAUUGACAGUGAAACGCUACCUGUUGAGUAUUUGGGAGGACAGCCAUUGUGCAUGGACCAGUAUUACAAGGUGCUGUCAUCGUGUCGAAUACCGGGACCGAAGAAAGACAUGGUGGUGAACCACGCCGUUGGGAAGACGACACCAACUCACAUCACGGUGGUUCAUAAUUUUCAGUUUUUUGUUCUGGAUGUAUACAAUAGCGAUGGCACGCCACUGACGGUGGAUCAGCUCUACAUGCAGUUGGAAAAGAUCUGGAAUUCUUCUUUACAGUCCAACAAAGAGCCUAUCGGUAUUCUCACUUCAAAUCAUCGCAACACCUGGGGCAAAGCCUACAACAACCUCAUCAAGGACAAAACAAAUAAAGAGUCAGUACGGGAGAUCCAGAAGAGCAUCUUCUUAGUGUGCCUGGACGCCCCGAUGCCGCGUGUGUCGGAAGAUAUCUACUACAGUAAAGUGUCUGCGCAGAUGCUACACGGAGGAGGAAGCCGCUGGAACAGUGGGAACCGCUGGUUUGAUAAAACACUACAGUUUAUAGUAGGCGAAGAUGGAUCGUGUGGACUGACGUAUGAGCACGCUCCUGCCGAAGGACCGCCCAUUGUGUUUCUUGUGGACCACGUGGUGGAAUAUAUGAAGAAAACUGAGAUGGUGCGAACUCCGAUGAUUCCACUGCCCAUGCCACGGAAGCUACGCUUUAACAUCACACCUGAAAUUAAAAAGGACAUUGAGAAAGCCAAGCAGAACAUGAACAUAAUGGUGCAUGACCUGGACGUGCGAGUGCUCAACUUCUCUCACUAUGGGAGGAAAUACCUAAAGUCGAGUAAAAUGCGCCCAGACGCCUUCAUCCAAAUGGCCCUCCAGCUGGCAUAUUACAGGAUCUACGGCGUUUGUUGCGCUACGUAUGAGAGCGCAUCCCUACGUAUGUUUAAACUGGGCAGAACAGAGGCCAUCCGCUCCACCUCCACUGAGUCGCUCAAAUUCGUACAAGCCAUGGAUGACAAGUCCAAACAGAACGAAGAGAAAGUGGCGCUGCUAGAGAAGGCCAUCGACGCUCAUCGAAAUUACACACAUAUGGCCAUUCACGGGCAGGCUAUAGACAGACAUCUGCUGGGGCUGAAGAUGCAAGGCAUUGAGGAUCUGACUUCUCUCCCAGAAAUCUUCAUGGAUACUUCUUAUGCUGUUGCCAUGCACUUCAAUCUCUUCACCAGCCAAGUCGGUUCAAAGACGGACUGCUAUAUGUGCUUUGGGCCAAUGGUGCCGGACGGUUAUGGCGUCUGUUACAACCCAAUGGACGACCACAUCAACUUGGCUGUAACGGCUUUCAACAGCUGUGAAGAAACUAACGCCACCAAACUAACACGGUUCUUCGAAGAUGCACUGCUGGACAUGAAGGUUCUUCUGCAGCAGAGGCUUAAGUCAAGCAAGUGACUUGAUGCGAUAAGACAAAAGUAACAAACAAAGAAGUCCAGAGUAGAAACUUGUGCAGCUGGGAAGAAGAAGAAGAAGAAGACAAUGUAUUUGCUCUACCUGCAUAUGUCCCCAGGCAGAAUGAGAACAUGCAGGAGCUGACAGAUCUCUCACCCUUAUUUCUUUGUUCAACUUGCCAUGAAAUUAAUGUUUAUCUCACAACAUUUUAUUAAGGAUCUCUGACGCUGGUGGAAAAAAAUGGCACCAACAUGUUGCAAUGUGUUCAGUAUCCUUCAGUAUUUUUGUUAGCUGCUGUUUACGUAAUGUUGCUGUUUACUGAUGUCUGUCUAAAGGUUUGUGUAUUCCAUAUCAAACCCUGUGUUCAGAUGAAACACUUAGCAAGACUGCUUUAGAACUGUGAUGUGUGUAUCUAAAGCUACAUAUUUAUUGGGAUAAAUACAUAUUUGGACACAGUA